AUGCUCUCAAGACCAAGUAUCGAACGCGCUUGGGUUUUUGCUCUCGGCCUUGUGGCCGGAGGCUCCCUUGUCGCCGCUGCACCCUGUGAUAUCUACGCCUCUGGCAACACGCCCUGUAUCGCCGCACACAGUACCACUCGUGCCCUUUACAGCGCCUUCAGCGGUGCCCUCUACCAAGUGAAGCGUGGCUCGGAUGGUACGACAACAACCAUCUCGCCACUCUCCGCCGGCGGAGUUGCGAAUGCCGCCGCCCAAGACACCUUCUGUGCCGGUACAACCUGCCUCAUCACAAUUAUCUAUGAUCAAUCUGGCCGUGGAAACCAUCUCACCCAGGCUCCACCAGGUGGCUUCAAGGGCCCUGAAGCCAGUGGCUAUGACAAUCUUGCCAGUGCCAUUGGUGCCCCAGUCACACUGAACGGCCAAAAAGCCUACGGAGUCUUCAUGUCACCCGGCACUGGGUACAGCAACAAUGCUGCCAGUGGUACUGCUACAGGAGAUGCGGCAGAAGGCAUGUACGCCGUCCUUGAUGGAACUCAUUACAACGGUGCUUGUUGCUUCGACUAUGGCAAUGCGGAGAUCAGCAGUACCGACACGGGUAACGGCCACAUGGAGGCCAUUUACUUUGGAACCAACACUGGCUGGGGAUCUGGCGCUGGCAGUGGGCCUUGGAUCAUGGCCGAUCUCGAGAACGGCCUGUUCUCUGGCCAGAGCGCUGCGAACAACGCUGGCGAUCCGUCCAUCUCAUCCCGCUUCGUCAAUGCUGUUGUCAAGGGCGGACCGAACCUGUGGGCUAUCCGUGGUGGCAAUGCUGCCUCCGGCUCGCUGUCCACAUAUUACAGCGGUGCUCGCCCUACUGCAUCGGGCUACAACCCCAUGAGCAAGGAGGGUGCCAUUAUCCUCGGCAUCGGUGGUGAUAACAGCAAUGGCGCCCAGGGCACUUUCUAUGAAGGUGUUAUGACCACUGGAUACCCAAGCGAUGCUACCGAGAACUCGGUCCAGGCUAACAUUGUGGCUGCAAAGUAUGCAGUUGCUUCCUUGACCAGCGGACCGGCACUGACUGCUGGCUCUUCGAUCUCGCUACGGGCCACUACAUCCGGCUACACUACGCGGUACAUCUCACACACCGGCUCUACUAUCGAUACUCAAGUCGUCACUUCAUCUAGCACCACUGCUCUCAAACAGGCUGCUAGCUGGACUGUUCGUGCCGGUCUUGCAAACAGUGCUUGUUUCUCCUUCGAGUCCAAGGACACUGCUGGAAGCUACAUUCGACACUAUGACUUUGGUCUGGUGCUUGCUGCCGGUGAUGGUACGAAGCAGUUCAACGAAGACGCUACUUUCUGCCCUCAGACCGGUCUCAAUGGCCAGGGAAAUUCUAUUCGGUCCUGGAGCUAUCCCACCCGCUUUUUCCGUCAUUACACCAACACACUCUAUAUUGCGAGCAAUGGAGGUGUCCACACUUUCGAUGCUACUGCUUCGUUCAAUGAUGAUGUUAGCUGGGUGGUUACUACUGGCUUUGCUUGA